UCCCCCCCCGGCUGACCCUGUACUGUGAUGACCACGGGAACCCCGUGUGCGAGGCAGCGGCAGGGAGGCCGGCUGCUCAGAUCUCGUGGGUCCUAGAGAGCAACUCCACCCCCAAGGAAGAAGGCCACGGCAACGGGACGGUGACUGUUCUCAGCAAGUUCACAGCAUACAGCACCAACAUGACUAAUAUAACCUGCAUUGUGUCCCACCCAGCUGGGAACCAGAGCAAGUCCAUAGCCUGCCGUCCCUCAAAGAACAACGCCUUUAACCUGUAUGUCUCCAUCAUUCUUUGUUUCCUGAGCAUUAUCACCUUCACGGCUGUCAUUUACUAUUAUAAGCUCCACAGUGACAGACUGUGCCACAAAACCAAACCUCCUGAGACUGCUCCUACACAUUCCCCACAGGAUGACACAAUGGAAGUGGAACCUUAUACUACUUAUGUGCAGAAGGAAAACGCAAUUUACAACUCAGUGUCUGAUCUGACAGUGGGGCAGAAUCUUCCACAAGGACUGUCGACAGCAACAUGA